AUGCAACCACCGCCGCCGCCGUAUUAUCCUCCUCAGCCGCCGCCGCCGCCGUAUUUUCAUCCUCCUCCUCCUCCUCCUCCUUCUUCUCAAGAGCACCAACAACAACAACAACAACAACAGCAGCGGGAUCAAAAAGUGCAGGAAAAACAGGAACGACAGCCAAAGAAGGAAGGAAACAACCAAACACGUAGACAUUCACAGAAACGUAGAAGCGGCCCCGCACCCUCCAUCACUCCCCCUCCGCUUGAAUGCACGCCGGAGGGCGAUGUUGUGAUUCGCGCCGCGGACGGCCAUCGGUAUCGACGGAGUGUUUGUGUGUUUAUUAUGAACCCGCACGGCCGUUUUCUCGCCGGCCGCCGCCGCGAUGACCGCCGGGUGCUGCAGUGCGUGCAGGGCGGCGCCACCCCGCACGAGUCGCCCAUCCAAACGGCGGAGCGGGAGGUGUUUGAGGAGUUGGGCAUCCCGUCCACACAACUGCGCCUCGUUGCGGAGAUCCCACCACCAACACCGGCAGAGACAAGGAAUGCGAUUUCUCACGAUCCGCGGGCGGUGUUUCGCUACAACUCCAAGUCCUGGCGGAAGUACGGCAUUAAAGGACAGGAACUAUACCCACUCCUCGUCCGCGCCAAUACGGAAGUUAUUCACACAUUAAAUUUUUCAGCAGUCCCCGGAGUGCGACCAGAGUUCUGUGCGGCGCAGUGGGUGACGCUGGAGGAGUUGAUGCAGUAUUGCUCUCCAUCGAAGCGGGAGGUGGUGGCGAAUAUGUGUGCAGCCGUUGCACCACUGGUGUUGCGUGUGUUGAGUGAAGAAGGUGUGAUGCCGCAUGUUGAUUCACAACACCAGGAAGAGGUGCACCGACGCUCUGAUGGUAGUAACACUAGUAAUAAUGGUGGUAUGGCUAAGGGGCGCUGGUAG